AUGAAGCUAGGCUGUCUACUUUCGAUAAUCCUCGGGGUGCUCCCCCAACUGGUGUUUGCAGCACCCAAGCCAGUUGAAAAUGAGGCCAGGAAGGCGACGGACAGGCUUGUCUUUGCCCAUUUCAUGAUUGGAAUUGUCAGCAAUCGUCACAGUGCAGCAGACUACGACGAUGAUAUGAAGCGGGCCAAGUCCCUGGGAAUCGACGCCUUUGCCCUGAACAUCGGCGUCGAUCCAUAUACCGACCAGCAGCUUCAACUGGCAUACCAGUCCGCCGCAAACAACGAUAUGAAAGUUUUCAUCUCAUUCGACUUCAACUGGUGGAACACCGGCCAGGGGUUCCAGGUCGGACAGAAGAUCGCACAGUAUGCCAGCCUGCCCGCCCAGCUCAAGGUCGACGGCAAAGUGUUCGUCUCCUCGUUUGCAGGCGACGGCCUAGAUGUCGCAGCGAUGCGUCAGGCAGCUGGUCAGCCGAUAUUCUGGGCCCCGAACUACCACCCCGAGAUGGGCACCAAUAUGGACGUGGUCGACGGCCUGCUGAACUGGAUGGCCUGGCCGAACAACGGCAAUAACAAGGCACCGCAACCGGGACGCAAUAUCUCGGUACAAGACGGAGACGAGGCCUAUAUUCGAGCGUUGAAUGGAAAGGAUUAUGUUGCGCCUGCGUCCCCUUGGUUCUUUACGCACUUCGGCCCUGAGGUCCCCUACAGCAAGAACUGGGUCUUCCCAGGAGAUCUUCUGUGGUAUGACCGCUGGAACCAGUUACUCGCGAUGGGCCCUCGCUUUAUUGAAAUUGUUACGUGGAACGACUACGGCGAAGCCCACUAUAUCGGCCCUCUCAGCUCGCCGCAUACUGACGACGGCUGUUCCAAAUGGGUCAAUGACAUGCCCCAUGAUGGCUGGAUGGACAUGUCGAAACCGUUUAUCGCCGCUUAUAAAGACGGCGCCACGUCUGUCGAUAGUUAUAUCACCGAAGACCUGCUGGUAUACUGGUACCGACCAACGCCGCGAGAAGUGAACUGCGAUGCCACCGAUACCUGCAUGGUCCCCGCCAACAACGACAGCGGGAACUACUUCAUGGGUCGACCUAACGGGUGGGAGACGAUGCAGGAUGCCGUGUUUGUGGUGACAACACUGAAAGAGCCUGCGACUGUGACAGUCAACUCUGGAGGUAACGUCGAGGUGUUUGAUGCACCAGCAGGGGCCAGUGCAUUCCAGGUGCCAAUGGGCGUGGGGUCGCAGGCCUUCUCGCUCAGUCGCAAUGGCAGGGUCAUCCAGUCAGAUAUCAGUCUGCUGCCCAUCAUUGAUGGGUGUAUCUGCGGGAUAUACAACUUCAACCCAUACGUUGGAACCCUGCCACCCAGUCCAAUAGAUAGCCUCGAGAACGAGGCCCUAUUCAGUCUCACAAUGGGCCUCCACGUUACAACAUGUGCCCCAACACCUUCACUGGGCAAGACAACCCCAACGCCUCCUCCAGGAUGGGGAGAUGCGGCACCAACUGGAACGAGAACAUCGCCGACCACUACUACGAGAACAACGACCAAGACCACAACUACCAACAAUCCCCCGGCUAAUCCAACCGGAGGCGCAGGCAACGUGUGCACCGCAGGUACGGGACCAGGAAACUACGUCGGCCUGUGCAACUUCGCCUGCAGAUAUGGAUAUUGUCCUCCAGGACCAUGUACCUGCACCGCGUACGGAGCACGAGUAGCUGCGCCGCCAUCUACCGGUGUUCGUGGUGUGCCGCUAUCGGGACUUGAUAAUUCGUAUUUGGGAUUGUGCAGUUUUGGUUGCGAUCAUGGGUAUUGUCCGCCAACUGCGUGUCAGGUUGCGUAG